AUGGUCAAUUUUGAGGCUUCUCUUCGGGUGAAUUCUCAAGUUCCAAAUGAACUCUUCUACAGUACUCCAGGAAGAUUGGACAAGCCAUCUACCAAAGUUUGGAACCCUUCACGUAUAUUUCUAGGAGGAGUAGAUCCAUAUAGAAGACAAGAUAUUCAAAAAACGUCUCUACCCUUCGUUGGGUCAAUCGGAAGACUAAAAUUGAAUGAUAAAGAAAUUGAUUUGAAAAAUCUAAAGGAAAAUCAAGGGAAAAUUCCUUCAGAGGAAAAUACACAUCAAAAGAGUAGUCUGGAACAACGAGUUAAUGAGUGCUCUCGAGAGCCGUGUAAGAAUGGAGGAAGAUGUUUUCUUGAUAGAUGGGGAGUGUUUCAGUGUCAAUGCCAGUCCGGAUUUACUGGCAAAUUUUGUACUCUUCCUUCAACAGAUGGAGUUUGUCCAGUUGAUAGACGUCGUUGGUGUUAUAGAGGUGUUUGUCUAUGGGAGGGAGGUCAGGCAAAAUGUUUAUGCCCUCCCAGCUGGAUAGGACAACAAUGUGAAAAUAAAGAUGAUAAAUUUGAAGAAGAAAUGAAGAGUAUUGAAUUUAACGGAGAAAAUUCACUUUUAGCAUUUUCUUUAAAUUCUACCAAAAAUGAAGGAGAAAUGGGUAAAAAUGAUGGAUUUAUGGUCGAAUUUCGCCUGAAGCCAACCAUUAGUCCUUUCAAUCAAGAACAACUGCUUGCGGUAUUAAUGAGGGAACAAGAUGCGCAAGUUCUUGCGGGAGUUACUAUGCUUCCUCAAAAUGGUAAAUACUCGAAAUGA